CUAACAACAACAAUAAAAGAGAAAGUACUGCAUACUUUAUCAAUUAGCUUAUCUGUUCCAUGCAAAUCUACUUCGACCAGCCGCCACCGGUUAGCGAUUCUCCCGUUACAUAUUGCUGAUUCUUCGUAGCGUAAGCACUGCGCAUAGAGGUCAAGGGUUAUCAUUCGCAAACAUUUGCUAAACAUUGUUGCUAUUGAUGCCGUGGUACAAGGCAAGUGAACCUUAUAACCCACAACAACAAUGGCAAUCACAACAAUAAAAUCAUCGUCACCCUCUCUUGUCGUUAUCACUAUCUCGGGACCUGAGAUUAUGCUCGUGCUUUCGAUCCGCGGCUACCGGCUGUUGCCUAGUCGCUUUCAUUUGGCAUUGCAGUGGUGGCGGCGGUUGUGAGAGUAACGGCUGGAAUGCCUUGAGAGCAUAGUGGUUUGGUUAUUUCGAAAAAAAAAAUAUUAAUUUGAAAAAUAAAAUCUCCACUAAGCGGAGAAAAAGUGCCAAAGUUCGAAACAAUAAAAGCCGUAUAGUCGAAUUUUCAUUGCUAUCUUAAUCGCGAUGACGAAUUUUCAAGUUUGCCGUUGUUGUUUGCUAGAGAAUCCUGCUUAUACGUACAACAUCUUCGGUGAUACGGCGGUCGAUGGCAAAGACUGCCACGCGCGCGACACCCUUGUCUGCGGUGUAGGCUUGCGCGCCGCUUUGCUCACCUGCGUGCCCAAUUUGCACCUUGCAUUCGAUGAUGGACUGUCGGCUGUAAUUUGCGACCAUUGUUUUUCGCGUUUGCGUGACACUUUGGAAUUCCGGCGUCGCUGCGAAGAAAGCGAAAGUGAGCUGAGACGGCGCUAUGCAGAUACGGAACGUGCUAUCGAUGAGGCGCUACGCCUUGUAAAUUUUCUCGACACUAAAGGCGUCAAUGCAGCAGAGAAUUUUGGAUGUUGCCAAAGCGGAUUGCAGCAUACGGGGGAAUUAGGGCCGAAUGAGCUCGCCAUGUUGGACGAUCUAUUGCAAUUGGAAGAGCACAACCUCAAACGUGUGUGGGAUGGUACGUUAGCUUCGCCGAAUGAAGAAAAUGCCGCACUUAAAGAAACCACAGAUAGAGCAGUUGAGGAAGUACGGCUCUUGAACGAUACGCCAAUGGAUAAUGAUAUGAAGUCGGUGGCAGCUGUAGCGACCAUUGAAAAACAUGUUAACCCAAAAACGCCAGUUAGUCCUCCGUCACACACCGAUAGUUCCGCUUCCAAUACUGAUUGCUCCUCGUUGGAUGCUUGUCAAACGCGAGAUGUGUCGCUAAAAUCACUACAUCCUUGUCCCGAAUGUGAAAAGAAGUUCACACGCAAAUUCCAGCUUAGAUUGCACAUGAUCUCCGUGCAUAAUUUGGGCGAUGGCUUGCAGUACGAAUGCAACGAAUGCUACAAGACUUUCGCAUCGCGUCACAGCCUCAGCUACCAUCAGCGUUCCGUGCACUCGGACGAGCGGCCAUUUGCGUGCACACACUGUGAUCGUCGUUUCAUUUUGCGCACACAACUCUCCUCACAUCUGCGCAUUCACACUGGUGAAACGAUACCGCGCACCUUCGAGUGCCUUGAGUGUAGUAAACGUUGGCGCACCAAAUCGGACUUGCGCACCCACAUGCGGACGCAUGUAAAGGUGCAAGAGCGUCCCUUUAAGUGCGAUCAAUGCGAGAAAGCAUUCUUUACUCGCGGUCAUCUCAACUCGCAUCUGCUGGUGCAUAGCGGCGAGAAGCCUUUCGCUUGUCCCACCUGUGGCAAGUCAUAUCAAUGUGUGGGCAAUUUAAAUAAUCACAUGGCGCGGCAGCAUGACUUCGAACGCGGUUUGGGACGUGGACGCAGCGCGAAUGUUGAAAACGCAGAGAUAUAAAAAUAUGCAUAAAAUGUACGAAGUUUUAGAUUUGUUUGUUACUUAUUAAUCGGUUAUUGUACUUACUACAUAUUGUUGUAUAUCCUAAUAGUCAUUUGUAUGAAGUAUUAUAAGUAAAAUUUCUUUUAAUAGAUGUGCUAAACAUAGGCUAAUACUAAUUUAACGAUGGUUAAUCGUGCAACGAUUAACACAGAUGAUAAGGG